UGCUUGUGUCCUAAUCCUUCCCUCUCCGUCAAUUAUUUCGUCUUAAGAAAAUGUCCAAAGAUCACCAAACUUGGGGUUCUUCUUUGUUCUCUGCUUGAACAGAACUACAAGGAGUUUGAAACUCUGUUUUUAAGUUUCAGAUUAAACAAUGGAAGAGAAAAAAGUAGUAAGAGCGUUAAGCGAGCACCUAUCACUACCUCCUCCACCAUCUCUUUCUGUAGCGGUAGCCAUUAACGGCAAGAAGAAGAGCAAAUACGUCGUUUUUUGGGCUCUUGAGAAGUUCAUACCUGAAGGUUUCACUGAUUUCAAAUUGCUUUAUGUUCGUCCUCCUGUCACUUACAUCCCUACCCCAAUGGGGAAUGCGAUAUCGAUAUCAGAGCUUAACAACGACGUAGUAUCAGCUUACAAACAAGAAGUGGACAGGAGCACAAACGAGAUGCUUCGUCCUUACAAAAAAAUGUUCGAAAGGAGAAAGGUGCACGUAGAGAUUUUGGUGCUGGAAUCACACGAGCCUGUAGCUGCGAUAGCGGAAGAGAUCGCUGGAACUGGAGUCACAAAACUGGUAAUAGGAAUGUCUCUUCGCGGAUUCUUUUCAAGAAAGAUCGAUAUGUCUUCUAUGAUCGCAACAGCUGUCCCGAGAUUCUGCACAGUCUAUGUGAUCUCGAAGGGGAAACUAGCUUCUGUGCGUCCUUCUGAGUCAGACGCUAGCGGAAGCAUAAGAUUCGAGAGAACUGAGAGAAGUAGUUCCACAAGUGGCUCCACUGAUAGUCCUAGACUCCCUUCUGAGUACCAAGACUUUCUCUCGUUUGUUUCGGAAGCGCAAUCCCGAGUCUCUCCGUUUUUCCCUGCUCGGAAACAUUCGAUGAGCAGUAGCAGCGCGGUGGUUCAAAUGGAUACGAGUUCCAGCGAGACGGACCAAGAGGAAGUAUCUAAAGGGCGAGGGAUGGAAAUUGUACAUAUGGGUAAUGAAGGGAAUAAGAAUAAGGAUGAGAGCUUUAGUGCCUCGUUCCCAAUGGGAACAGAGGCGUAUCACGCGAUGAGCUGGGCUUCUAAAUGGAGAGAUCACGAGGAUAGGAGAGGGAUCAUGAGCUCGUCUUCGAGCAACAACCACGAGCUAGCGAAUAUGGAUUGGGGUGCAGUGGUUCCUGAGAACUAUUCUUGGGUUUCUCAUUGUGCCUCUAACAUGUCUGAUGGACUCCUCAGCGUCCAUUCCGUGACUGAUAAUCAGGUGAAUCUGAGCUUUGAGAUAGAGAAGCUGAGAGCCGAGCUGAAACAUGUUCAGGAGAUGUAUGCCAUGGCUCAAACCGAGACUGUUGAUGCUUCAAAAAAGCUGACUGAGCUAAACCAGCGGCGGUUCGAGGAGUCCGAGAAGCUUGUGGAGCUGAAGGAAAUGGAAGAAGUAGCCAAAUAUACAGCUUCAAAGGAGAAGCAGAGGUAUGAAGAGGCAAUGAAGGAAGCAGAGAAGGUUAAAGAGCUCAUGAUGAAAGAGGCUUUACAUAGAAGAGAAGCUGAUAUCAAAGCAGAGCGCGACGCUAAAGAGAAAGAUAAGCUUCAGGCUUCUCUCGUCUCUCCCGGGAUCCAAUACCAACAUUAUACCUGGGAGGAAAUCGCAGCCGCCACUUCUGACUUCGCGGAAAAUCUCAAGAUUGGAAUCGGAGCCUAUGGAACCGUCUACAAAUGUAAUCUGCAUCACACGACGGGUGCUGUCAAGGUCCUUCACGCAGGAGAAACUCAGCUCUCUAAACAGUUUGAUCAAGAGCUUGAGAUCUUAAGCAAAAUCCGACAUCCUCACCUAGUCCUCCUCCUCGGGGCAUGUCCCGAACGAGGCUGCCUUGUCUACGAGUACAUGGACAAUGGAAGCUUAGAUGACCGGUUGAUGCUAGUCAACGACACACCACCGAUCCCUUGCAAACUCGGCGACGUUGGUCUCUCAACAAUGGUUAACCAAGACGACGCUUCUUCUAAACUAACCGUCUUCAAGAAAACCAGUCCCGUGGGCACGCUCUGUUACAUCGACCCUGAGUACCAGCGAACCGGGAUUAUCUCACCUAAAUCAGAUGUGUACUCCCUCGGAGUUGUGAUUCUGCAGCUAAUAACCGCGAAACCCGCGAUAGCGAUUACUCAUAUGCUGGAAGAAGCGAUCGGAGACGAUGCUGAAUUUAUGGCAAUCUUGGAUAAGAAAGCUGGGUCUUGGCCCAUCAGUGAGACUCGUGAGUUAGCCGCUUUGGGACUGUGUUGCACGGAAAUGAGACGCAGAGACAGACCAGAUCUAAAAGAUCAAAUCAUCCCGGCUUUGGAACGGCUCAAGAAAGUCGCCGACAAAGCUCAAAACUCGCUCUCGAGAACUCCAUCUGGUCCUCCAUCUCAUUUCAUUUGCCCACUCAUCAAGGGAGUGAUGAAUGAGCCGUGCGUGGCUGCGGAUGGGUAUACGUACGAUCGGGAAGCUAUAGAGGAAUGGCUGAGAGAGAAUGAUACAUCACCAGUGACGAACCUUCCACUGCCUAACAAGAACCUUCUUGCUAAUUACACUCUUUACUCAGCAAUCAUGGAGUGGAAAUCUAAUAAACAGUAGAGAGAAACAGAUUCCACAAAAAUUACUAUCGAUUCUAUCAAUGUGUUUACUCUAAUCUUUUUUUUUUGUGUGUUUGUCUCUGUGCCUCCUUGGUCUCUGUUCCGAGGAUUUGUCUCUUGUGUGAUGAGAUGCAAAAUUACAAUAAUACAACAUUAGAGAA